AUGCUGACCAGCUUUAUAGAAGGCCUGUUCUGCUGCCUGAGCUCGCCGUCCUCUAACGUGGUGGCCCCGGUCGACUCGCUGGAGCCCUCUGCUGACGGGUAUGAGUUUGUGGAGGUCAAACCGGGGCGAGUGCUGCGUGUGCGCCACAUCAUCCCGGAGCGCCCCCUGGUGGAGGAGCCGAACACGCAGGGCGGACUCGUCAGCUGCAAGAGGAAAAUCACAGUGUACCGCAACGGACAGCUCUUCAUCGAGAACCUCGGAGCAGGGCUGGAAAAAAGAAGCGAAAGAGCCAGCGGUGAACUGAAACGUAAAGGAGACACAGAGGCUAACAGCUCAGUGGAGGUGGAGCUGACGGACGACAGGACCACACCUCCUCUGGGCCUCGCCGACGCCCACAACAACUCCACCAAAGAGCAGCCAGACGGGGGCGCAGACGCACAGAUAAACGAGCAGAGCCUGGAGCCCAAACAUCGCCGAAGGAAACCCAAACGCACCAUCAUCAUCGACUGCCAGCGGAGGGUGACGGCGUGUAAGGGCACCCACCCGGACGUGGCCUUGUUCUUUAUUCACGGGGUGGGCGGCUCGCUGGACAUCUGGGGGUCUCAGCUGGACUUCUUUUCACGUCUGGGGUACGAGGUCAUCGCUCCGGACCUGGCGGGACACGGCGCCAGCUCCGCCCCCCAGAUCCCGGCGGCGUACACGUUCUACGCCCUGGCGGAAGACGUGAGGAUCAUCUUCAAGAGAUACGCCAAGAAGAGGAACGUGCUCAUCGGGCACUCGUAUGGAGUGUCGUUCUGUACGUUCCUGGCCCACGAGUACCCGGAUCAGAUUCACAAGAUGGUGAUGAUAAACGGGGGCGGGCCCACAGCUCUGGAGCCCAGUCUCUGCUCCAUCUUCAACCUGCCGUCCUGCGUCCUGCACUGUCUGUCCCCGCUGCUGUCCUGGAGCUUCCUCAAGGCUGGGUUUGCUCGUCAGGGGUCGAAGGAGAAGCAGCUGUUGCGUGAGAAUAACGCCUUUAACGUGUCUUCUCUGGUGCUGAGGGCCAUGAUGAGUGGACAGUACUGGCCCGAGGGGGACGAGGUGUACCACGCCGAGAUCACCACGCCCACGCUCCUGGUCCACGGCAUGCACGAUAAGUUUGUGCCCGUGGACGAGGACCAGCGCAUGGCAGAGAUCCUGCUGAUGGCGUUCCUGAAGGUCCUGGAGGACGGCAGCCACAUGGUGAUGAUGGAGUGUCCGGAGACAGUGAACACUCUGCUCUACGAGUUCCUCUUAUGGGAACCGGCGUCUCCUCAUCCCCCCAAACCCAACACCAGGGGGCGCCCCGAGACCGCCCGGGCCGCCGACUCCGCCAGACCUGUCCCGGACGGUCGACCUUCCACCGCGAGACAAGCGUCCAACGGCACUUCAUAG